AUGUCCAAUGAAUCAUUAGAUUUCCAGAAAUCUUCGGAAACUUCUGGAAAUUACGAGAAUAGUUCGCCUUUUACAUUCACUGCAUCAACAAAUCAAAUAUCACAUUUAGCAGAUGUGUUCUCAUCGAUAACAUCAAUUAAUUCCCAAGCGUUGAUGAUAAUAACAACAAAUGGUAUAGUGAUAUACUCAGAAUACAAUCAUAUAUGCAAUGUACAGUUAUCUAUCGAUCCAUCCUUAUUUGGAACAUAUAACUUUUAUUCUGAAAAUAGUGUUAAUUCCCUGCAAGACGAUAAAGAAUUGAGACUCGGGGUAGACAUAGGCUUAAUAAGUGAUGCAUUUAAUGCAGCAGCAUCAUCUGCCGUGUCAAAGAACAAAACAAAGAGUACUUCAAAUAAUGGGAAUUCUGUCACAGCUAAUAACUCUGUUGACAAUUUAAUGUGCUAUUUAACGUACAACGGUGAAGGGCAUCCUUUAGUUAUCGAAUUUGAAGAUAGCUUAAUGAGUGAAAAGAUAGAGUUCUUAACAUUUUACCUAGAUAUAGCAUAUCCAUAUGAUGCUUCAAAUACUCAAGAAGAAGAAGAAGACGAACAAUAUAACUUAGUAAUAAAUCAUAGUGAAAUCCAAUUUGAAGUUAUAUUGAAAAGUGACGUAUUUGCCAAUUUACUUAAAGAUUUACAACAGAUAAAUACUGUGGAUUUGUUUAUAUAUAUCUCGAAUGAAAUGAGACAAUUGGGCCCAAAAAGACAAAAAUCAAAGAAAAGUCAAAAAUCAGGUCCGUUAUAUUUAGAUAAGCAAUUCAAUUUCAUAUCUAAAGGGCCAAUUGGUCAUCUGAAAUUAAUGUUUCCAAAUGAGAAAACUAUACUAGAGAAAUUGAAUAUAUAUGGUAAAGAUGGGGAAAGUGAUGAUGCUGAAUUGAAACCUGUUAAUACUUCAUUGAUUUCUUGUUAUAAUUUCGGUAAUUUCAGCAAAAUUUUUAAAGCAGUGAAGCUAUCCAUAAAAUGCAAAAUAAUGAAAGAUCUAUCAGGCAUCUUAUCUAUUCAGUUGCUUUGUAAAAAUCCACAAUUAGCGAACUAUUCGGGUACUUUAAUAACAUUCAAUAUGUUAGAAACGACGACGGUGGUCGAUAAGUUUGACAAGAACGAAGAACCGGAAGAUUUCGAAAGGUUUCACCUUAACAAUAUUUUUGACGAUGAAUCCUAUGAAUAUAUUAAGGACUAUAAUGAAAAAGCUAAUAAACGGGUUACUGUUCCUAGUAUAGAAUCUACAAAUAUUCGAGAAUAUGAAGAACUCGGUGGCGAAAAGGAUGAACCACCAAUACUAUCAUACGCUUCGUUUCGUAAUAAUUCGAGGCUGGCGAAAACCCAUAAUGUACAAAUUAAUGAAACAAUUUAUGAAGGUGAUAAUAAUGAAAAUAAGGGGCGCAAAAACAGCACGGAAGAUGCUAAAGAUAAGGAUAAGAAUAUCAAAACUGUUGGUGGUGCUAUUGAGAUUCCGCUUUUUUUAUGA